AUGGGAAAUAGAAACCCAAGACAAUGCCGUGAUAGAUAUACAAAGUAUCUCUCACCAGAUCUUAAUAAGAAUCCAUGGACACCCGAAGAAGAUGCUUUAUUAAUUAGCAAAUACCAUGAAAUUGGAGCGAAAUGGGUUAAAAUGUCUAAGUUCUUCAACAACAGAACAGACUAUUCUCUUAAAAACAGAUGGAAUGUCCUUGUUAGACAUAAUUCUGUAACAAUGAACUCUCCAAUUUCAGAACCAGAAGAAGAAAAGAUCAUAGACAACCAAAGUGAAAUUGAGACUGCUGUUCAAGACGUAACAGCUGAUCCAAUGUUCAUGGAUUUCGAUUUUACAACAGAUUUCGAUCUUUUUUAA